CCCAGUUCUCACUCCAAUUUGGUGUCCAAUUUCCAGCUGCCAAUAUUCAUCUCCGCGGCCCCGGGUUACAAAGUGUUCAUCCACCCGCUGGACUCGCUUCUCCCCAGACCCCGGAGAUGCGGGUUAUGGGGCCGAGAACCCUCCUCUUGCUGCCCUCGGGCGGCCUGGUCCUGACCGAGACCGGGGCGGGCUCCCACUCCCUGAGGUAUUUCUACACCGCCGUGUCCCGGCCCGGCCUCGGGGAGCCCCGCUUAAUCACCGUCGGCUACGUGGACAACACGCAGUUCGUGCGGUUCGACAGCGACGCCCCGAAUCCGAGGAUGCAGCCGCGGGCGCAGUGGGUGGAGCAGGAGGGGCCCGAGUAUUGGGAUCGGAACACGCGCAGAGCCAAGGACACCGCACAGACUUUCCGAGCGAACCUGAACAACCUGCGCGGCUACUACAACCAGAGCGAGGCCGGGUCUCACACGGUCCAGGAGAUGUACGGCUGCGACGUGGGGCCGGACGGGCGCCUCCUCCGCGGGUACGUGCUGUACGCCUACGACGGCAGAGAUUACAUCGCCCUGAACGAGGACCUGCGCUCCUGGACCGCUGCGGACACGGCGGCUCAGAUCACCAAACGCAAGUUUGAGCAGCGCGGUGCUGCGGAGCGUGUGAGGAACUACCUGAAUCGCGAGUGCGUGGAGUGGCUCCGCAGACACCUGGAGAAUGGGAGGGACACGCUACUGCGCGCAAACUCUCCAAAGACACAUGUGACCCAUCACCACAUCCCUGGCAGUGGGGUCACCCUGAGGUGCUGGGCCCUGGGCUUCUACCCUGAGGAGAUCUCACUGACCUGGCAGCGUGAUGGGGAGGACCAGACCCAGGACAUGGAGCUUGUGGAGACCAGGCCUUCAGGGGAUGGAACCUUCCAGAAGUGGGCGGCCUUGGUGGUGCCUUCUGGAGAGGAGCAGAAACACACGUGUCAUGUGCAGCAUGAGGGGCUUCAGGAGCCCCUCACCCUGAGAUGGCAACCUCCUCAGCCUUCCAUCCCCAUCAUGGGCAUCACUGUUGGCCUGGGUCUCCUCCUGGUGGUUGUGGUGGCUGGAGCUGUGAUCUGGUGGAAGAAGCACUCAGGUGAACAAGGAGGGAGCUACACUCAGGCUGCAAGCAGUGACAGUGUCCAGGGCUCUGAUGUGUGACCAAGGCUCUCAUGGAUCCUAGAGUGUGAGACAGCUACCUCGUGGGGACAAGAUUCCAUGUCCCAUCCUUGCAUUAUGACUUCAAGGUCUUCUGACUUUUUCUGCAGAAGUCAUCUGAAUGUGUCUGUGCUGCUAUUAGCAUAAUGUAAGGAAGUGGUGAGUCUGGCCCCCCUCUGUCCACCAGGACCCUUUCCCAUACUGGACUGUUUUCUCUGAUGGUCCUUCCUGAUCCAACAGAGGCAGGGGUUGGGCUGUCUCCAUCUUUGUCUUAAUUUCUUUUGCAUUUUCAUAUCUUAUUGAAAAUUGGGAUCCAAACUACAGAUUUCCCCCAUGGGUCCUCAUCUAUCUUGUACCCUAGUGUUUGUCUAUGUUGGUCUGUUUUGUAAAAUUGUACAGAUGUUUGUACAGUUUUCGUAUGUCUAAAUGUCUUUAGUAAUAUUAAAAGCAAAGAAAUUGCUUUUCCUUUAUGAUCAGUUUAGUCAUCUUCAUAUAUGCUUUAUCCUUACUAACCAAGUAUUUUAUUUCAUUUUGCAGUUUUUUUUUUCAUUUCCCUUGAAAUAUCAAUGUUACUGGUUUCUAAGAACUCAUUUAUGACUAAGGAUAGUAGCUAUUUGUCAUGCAGUUUAAAUGAAAUACUAUGUCUUAUUGCCACCUGGUAAGCCCUUAAAGCAGAGUCUAAUUUAGGUUUAUAUUUGGUUGGAAAAGGACGACUCCAGGGAGGGUGAGGCAGGAGGCAGAGGGGCCUGAGGGGCUGGGCUGUGGCCCCAAGAGAGAUGAAGGUGGCCAGUAAGCUGGGGGAGGUGAAGGAGUGGGUCUGGGCCCAGAGUGCAAAGAGGCCUGGUGAGGCCCCUGGUGGGGAGGUGGCUGCACCUGCCAGUGUCCCCUGGGAGAGGAGUCAGUGCAAGCGCACAAGGGUCAUGGGGAAUUAGGAGUAGGGUGGCAAGAGAAGAUAGAACUGAAAGCCAAGGUGCACAUUGAAAGGACCUACAUGGUAGGAGCAGUUAGGGGGAGUCAGGUGACACCUCCACAGAGGGUUUGGGUCAGGCAGGCAGCACAGGGGGCAUGGGGCUGGGAGAAGAGCCCCUCUAGGGAAAGACCAGUUGACCAAGUGGCAUAAAACAAAGAUUUUGUUGAGGUAGUGAAAGCCCACUGGGAUGAUGGUGAUGAAGAGAGGCUGAUGAAGGCCAAGAAGUAGGCAGUGGACCAAGGGCAGUAUUCCUACUGUGAAGGAGGGGCAAGAGGAUGCAGAGGAGAUAGUGGUGAGGGUCUGGGACUGGGGGACAGGGGGUGAACAUGGCUCAGGGGUGACCCACCUUGGGUUAGGGUGAAGACAGGAGAAGAGGGGUGCCCUGGGUGAGGGAGGGUGAGGGUGAGGUGGUGAUUUGGGGAACCACAAGAGGGGGCCUGUGAUUAAUUACUUGGUGAGGGCCCAAGGCACUCAGACAAGGGUGGGAGCAGGGCAGGGUGCCAUGGGGGAAGCUGCAGAGGGACCAGAUCAAGUGGACUUCAGCACCUGUGGCCUGGAGAGUGGAGGAUGCAGAGGGUGAAGUUUAGGAUGCAGGAGUGGGGGAGGGGCCGUGUUGGGUGAAAGGCCCCCCCCUUGGAAGAGGGCCAAGAGCAGGUGCCUGCAUAGGGGGCAGAGGUAAGAGGAUGGGUGUCAAGUGGGGGACAGGUCCUCCCCCAGGGGCUGGGCACUGUGCUCAAGGCCCAGGGAUCAUUGGCAGGUGAGCUCCCUCUGGUGAUGAAAAUAGGGCUGUGAGGAUGGAGGGAAGUGCCCCUGAGCAAAAGUCACCCUGUGGGAAAAUAAAGACUAGUAAAAGCUGAGGGGA